UUUAUUAGCUAUGGAUUGGAUGUACAAUAAUUCCAAAACUAUCUUGGAUAGGGAAGCAUAUCUCUUAGGAAAAUCUAUUGAUAAAAAUUUUCAAGAAUUACAAAAUGAAGAGCUAAAGGGUGAAAAUACUAUUAGAGUUGAUAAAUUCAAGAUUAAAGAAGAUCCUCUAAAUCUAAUUGAAAUAAGAAAGUAUCAGUACAAAAAAGAUUUACUAAGGAAUCCCAUUAAACUUAAAAAGUUUAAACAAAUGUUAAUGGACAAUGAUAAAGAAUAUUCAUAUAACAUAGAUAAUGAAAGCAAGUUAAUAAGUGAAAUUGAUUUGAAAAUCCUUAAAAAAUGGAAAAAACUGAAAAAGUCUUGUUUCUAUUUCCAAAAUAUUGCACUUCAAGAAUUUGCAUCACCCUUUUUAAAAAACACUACUAUAACAUUACCUACUCAAAUAAACAUUAAUCAUCCAAUGAAAGAUGUUGAAAUUGAUAACAAUGAAGAUGAACCUAAACAUUCAAAACAAAUGGAAGUAAAAAAUAGAAAUGUAAAUUCUUCCAAAAAAUAUUUCAACAAGAACCGUUACAACCCACCCACUCAAUCUCCUCUUAUUCGCACAGCAUAUCGCCAAAAUAAAGACAGGGAAAGAGAACGGGAAAAGGGGGUAGACCAAAAAGAACUUUUAAGACAAAUGCGACUCAAUGCCGAGUGGAACAAGAAAAGGAGGAAAGAUAUUCUGGAUAAAGAGGAGAAAAGGAGCCGUAUAGAAGAUAAAGUUAUACGUGAUGAUAGUUCAUCAAAAGCGGAAAAUUUUGUCAGACCUAUGUUAUCGGAGAUGGCGAAAAUGAACACAUUAGAAAGUCGCAUACGUAAUAAUCGAUCCAAAAUCCACAAGAAUAUGACUGAAAGAUGAUUGAUAUUUCGAAUUUAAUAUUUUCAUUAUUUUUUUGAAAAUAUUUUUGUAUUAAUUGACUGUAAUCAAUUUUAAAUUAAAAUAUUUUUUAAAAAUUUAAUUGUACUGAUUUUUUUUAACAUCAAUUUUGUAAUCAAAUUUAUCUCCUAAAAUCGAAAGACCCCAUUAGUGGCUCAUUUUGAGCCGAUAUUUGAAAACGGUUAACUCAAUAUUUCAUCCAGAAAAAUAUUACGCAACCUGAAGAUUUUGCUAAUAGAAGGAAAGGUCUAGGAAUAUAUAUCGAGGCUUUGGCAUUCUGGCGAAAUUAUUGAGAUAACCGUUUUUAACGGCUCAAAACUCCGUUUAACAACACUAGACUCCAUAAUAUUUCGACAUCUCUAGCUGCCAAUAAGUGAUCAUUUAUAAUGAGAAAUAUAUACAAUGAAUAGAAUCGUCUCAUCACUGGGUUCGAGUAUAAAAAAAUUCAACAUUAUUUAAUGAAAAAUUCUC